CGGGCGGAAGUGACAUCUCGGGCGGGCGGGUCCGGCCUCGCACAAUGGGCCAUGGAGUUCCCGUUUGAUGUGGACGCGCUGCUCCCGGAGCGGAUCACGGUGCUGGACCAGCACCUGAGGCCCCCGGCCCGCCGACCCGGAACCACAACGCCGGCCCGUGUUGAUCUGCAGCAGCAAAUUAUGACCAUCGUAGAUGAAUUGGGCAAAGCCUCUGCUAAGGCCCAGCAUCUUCCUGCUCCUAUCACUAGUGCAUCAAGAAUGCAAAGUAACCGCCAUGUUAUUUAUGUGCUCAAAGACACUUCAGCCCGACCGGCUGGGAAGGGAGCCAUUAUUGGUUUCCUUAAAGUUGGAUACAAGAAACUCUUUGUACUGGAUGAUCGUGAGGCUCACAAUGAGGUAGAACCACUUUGUAUCCUGGAUUUUUACAUCCAUGAGUCUGUGCAGCGUCAUGGCCAUGGGCAAGAACUCUUUCAAUAUAUGUUACAGAAGGAGCGAGUUGAACCACACCAACUGGCCAUUGACCGACCUUCGCAGAAGCUGUUGAAGUUCCUGAAUAAGCACUACAACCUGGAGACCACUGUCCCACAGGUGAACAACUUUGUGAUCUUUGAAGGCUUCUUUGCGCAUCAGCACCGGCCCCCAGCUCCUUCUUUGAGGGCAACUCGACACUCGCGUGCUGCUGCGGUUGACCCCGUGCCUGCUGCUCCAGCAAGGAAGCUGCCACCCAAGAGGGCAGAAGGAGACAUUAAGCCAUACUCUUCCAGUGACAGAGAGUUUCUGAAGGUAGCUGUGGAGCCCCCUUGGCCCCUAAACAGGGCCCCUCGCCGUGCCACACCUCCAACCCACCCACCCCCGCGCUCCAGCAGCCUGGGAAACUCCCCAGAUCGGGGUCCCCUCCGCCCUUUUGUGCCAGAGCAGGAGUUGCUGCGUUCUCUGCGCCUCUGUCCUCCCCACCCCACGGCCCGCCUGCUGCUGGCCACCGACCCUGGGGGCAGCCCGGCCCAGCGGCGCCGCACCAGCUCCCUUCCCCGCUCUGAUGAGAGCCGCUACUGACCAUCCUCCCCCUUUCCCUCUGUGUCCACGGGAGACCUGGGGUGGGCAGUCCUUUCUCCCUGAGAACCUGACCCACUCUUCUGCUGCAGCCUUCAGGACCCAGUGGGACCUGGCAGGACCCGUCAGAGCCCUCCUUCUCCUUUCUUGGACAACUGGGUUGUCAGGGUCCCAAAUAGCCCAAUACUUUGUAGCUUUUCUUAUCAGAGAAGGCACCCUCGUUCUCCCAACCUGGGCUCUGAACUCUCCCACAGACAGCCUGAUCUGUUGCCAGACCCCUAGGCCCCGCCUGGGCGGCUCCUCCUGAGUAUCUAGAGAAGCACACUGGCUUGCCAGCAGACUCCAGACCACCACAGGCCUAAGGGCCUUCUUCUUCCAGGGAAACCUCUCAAGUUCUGUCCAUGUAAAAAUAUCCCAGUUCCCUCUACAGUGGCCACUGGUGGCUCUAUACUGCUUUAUGCCACCCACUGCACUGAUCACCCUCUCAGCCUGCUAAUGCCAGCCAAGAAGCGAGCUCUUCUUCAGAGCCGCCCAGUCAGGUAGGACAGGAACUCACUGGCUCCCCAAAGGAGUUCCACUCCACAUUGCCAAACUCCUCAUUUUCACAUAUUGUGUGUCAAUGCCAGGGAACCUCUAAGCUGAUGUGGCUUUGGGGUCUCUAAAGGAGACACCACUGCUUCCCCCAGAUCCAGAGUCUCUGAAGGACUCGGUUUCUUGGCAGGAAAUCCCAGCAAAGGCCCUGGGAUUCCUUUUACUCGUGUUUCUGUAGAUAGGCCUGGGUCUCGAGGAUCUGUUAAAUCCUGGAAUCCCGUUCAUCCCACACCUCCCUGGUAGAUAUGCGAAUACAUGCCUGUCUUGUGAGAUUGUCUUGAGAUGAGACACGGCCACUCUCCACUGGCCUUUCUCUCCUCUUCCCUUCAUAGCCAGACUCCCUUCCCUGCUCCAUGCCCAGCAUAUAGAAAGGCCCUUCCUUCCCCACCCUCUGAAUGUAUGUAUGGUAGACCAGGUACCCCACUGUGCCCCUUUAAUCCUUGGGAGCAGGAUCUCCCUCUCCCUAUUCCUCCCUUUUCUUCUCCCUCUCUGUGUUGUCUGAAUAAAGUGUGAAUUCUUUUGUGUUUUCUAAAUUGACAUUUUCAAUGAGAAAAAAAAAGUACCAUAAAGGAAAAAAAAAAGGAAUUUAAGGUGUCAGCCUGGUUUGUGUCCCACCCCUUGUUUUUCCGGGGUAUCAGACCCCUGUCCUUCUCAUUAUGUUCCCUUCUGAGUCCUUCAGAACCUCCUCUCCUGGAGCCUCACUACCUCCUCCAGCAUCUGCUGUCUGCCUCUCUCCAUUGUUGUUUGCAGGUUGGGUCUCCUCUUAAGUAGCAGGCGGACCCCUCUGGGUAGGCUUCUGUUCUCCAGUUCUCCCAGUAACUUCUCCUUUGCCCUGGGAUGUCAAGACUUACCAGUGUCUUGGGCUCCACUAAUGAUCUCAUGACUGCUCUCUGGAUUCCUCUUCCUGCUCUGUGAUUCCCUGAUGUCUGUCCCACAAAUCCCUUGGCUGUCUCUCUCGUCUCAAGACAAACCCUUACUUCCACUGGUAGUCCAUUUGUCAUUCUCCAAAAGCUCUCUCCUAAAUUUGGUUUUGUUACUCCCUACUUCCCUCUAGUCUGAGGUAUCUUGAGCUUCUUUUUGCUCAAUGCUAGCACUCUACCACUUGAGCCACAGCGCCACUUCUGGCUUUUUCUGUUUAUGUGGUGCUGAGGAAUUGAACCCAGGGCUUCAUGCAUGCUUGCCU